AUGAAGGACUCCCUGGACUCGGCGAUCUGCGACCGCGCGCGGAAACACGUACAGUUCCAUCCAGGAGGCCCUGGCUGCGCCCAGCGCCUCCGCUGGUGGGAGCGGCACGCGCGCCACCUGGGCGGGCCGCGGCACGCGGAGCUCGCGGCGGCCAGCGAGGGGCUCUCCUUCCGCGGCCUCUGGGCGGCCUCGGAGCGGGCCAUCGAGGAGAGGCUCUCGGCGAGCCGGGGACGCUGCCCUCGACGCUGGCGUACAGGAGGUGCAUCAGGGCCCUUCUCGCGGGGUCCCCGAAGACGUUGA